UUGCGAUUUUAUUUUCGAGCAACAACAACAAAAAAAGUUAAGCCCUUCGGUCGCUGGAACGAAAACAAAUCAGCAGUAGUCACGUAUAUAGAACAUAUUCAGGCAUCCGGUUUCAGUUCAAGUUUCUGUGCGAACUGCACCAGACAAUUAUAUACAACUGUGGCCUAUAACGAAGUUAGUUUUUUUUUUUACUAAUUUCUCCAAACCAGAUGGACAGCUUUCCAGUCAAAGCUGCAUUUGCAGUAGUGUACCUCACGUCAGUUUUUUUCGGGAACUUGAAGGCGGAUCUGCACGUGACAGAAUCAAAUUUGUCGUCGACUCCUGGAAAUAUCUUUGACGAACCCGUUUACAAUCUAACAUUCAACAAUGACGAAAAAAAUGUGACUUCCGGCAGCCAAUAUUCGACCCUGCUGCAAAAUUUAAUCGGACCAUAUCAGCAAAAAUCGGAAGCGGAGUCGGAUAAUGAUCAGAAAACAGAAGAAGUUCAUCUUUCAAGCGUCAUCAGCACAGGAUCCCAUUCAAAAUAUACGACAACCACGACUGAUUCGACGAUUAUCAUGAAUGGAACCACAUUAAAUUCAAACGUCGGACGAAUUUUCGCAGCUGCAGACAAUAAUAGCACAAGGAGGAAACGACGCCACGCGAAACAGUCACGUUUGCCUCUUCAUUCUCAUUCGCAAAACCGACUUUGGAUUGACUCGAAAUCAUUGGAUUUGUUGGAAGACGUUUCAAAGCAAUUGGCAGUCAUCGAGGCUAUGCAAAUGCCCACGAACGGAAUCUUGGAAUCCACAGACGAACGCGGCAAGCCUUGGAACCCUGUAGAGGAGCAAGAAGGGUUGCUUGAAGGGUUGGAAAGGCUGCGAAAUUUGUUGAUUAUCAAAAGGAUGGUUCGCCAAAUCGUGGAACGCAAGAAAAACAGCGUUUUGGGUUCACGUCGUCAGCCUUUGGAUAGCGGAGCAAAAAUCAUUGCUAAAAAAAUUAUCCUCGGACGACCUGCAAAAAGGGACACUCGGCUAGUCGGGUCUGAGGAUGCUAAGAUCAUGUCCCAUUCAUCUUUCAUUCCGGCUGAAGAUGCAUCGCGCAGUUAUUAUGAAGCGGGACACGACGGAAAUGACGAUGAAGUAAUGCUUACGGAGGCCCAGCGGUUAUUAUUGGAAGAAUCUCCACAGGUGGAAGCGUUUCAUCCGCGAGACAUCUUCCUUCAAAAAUUGCACAGCGCUGAAAAAGAAAAGCUAGUCGACCAGGCGAGAGAAAUGCAUCAAGGAGCGCCAGUUAAUGGCCCAGUUUACGAUUUUGAGCGGCAGGAUUGGAAUCUGUUGAAGCCGAAAAGAUGCUGGCCGGAAGUGGAUGAAAUGGGAGGCACGGGACUUACUCAGCAUCAUGAGAUUUCCGAGCGAAUGAACAAGUUGAAUCGACUUGCCAGACUGUCCAAGAAAAUCAGUCAAGUCAUGACGAAGGAUAAGAGUAAGAACAAGGGAGCAACAAUGGCGGAGGUAGACGAACAUCAUGCGAGGCACUUCGAAGAAAGUUUCUGGCCCAGGAAUGCGGCACUUCAAAGUGGGGAUGGUCGAGCUUAUCAUGGGACAAGCUGGACAAGUGAUGAAAUUGAAAACAAAAAUUUGCCUGAUGUUCACCCAGUGGCGACCGCUCGCCUGCACCCCGUCAAAAUGUCGGGUGAAGGUGAUGAAACUUGGCAAAAGGGCGAAGAUGUGGACGAUAUGGACAGCAAAUUCCCCCGUUUGAAUGUCAACGCCAAACCGUUCAUUCCAAAUAUAAAUGCUCCUGAAUUUGUGCCUUCUUUCGGUGUCGAGUCCGAAUCCAACCAAGUGAACAACGGUACUACCACAUCAGCAACAGGACACGUUGAUGCCGGCAAAUCCACGAUCGGUGGACAAAUUAUGUACCUUACGGGAAUGGUGGAUAAGCGAACGCUUGAGAAGUAUGAGCGUGAAGCAAAAGAGAAAAACAGGGAAACCUGGUUCAAUGAAUGCCGUGACAAGCUCAUCCCUUAUUUGAAGAAAUGCGGAUUUAACCCGAAAACGGAUCUUACGUUCAUGCCUUGUUCAGGAUUGGCCGGAACCUUUUUGAAGGACCCAGCAGACGAUAAACUUUGUCCAUGGUAUCGGGGGCCGUGUUUCAUCGAAUAUAUAGAUAGCAUGCCUUCGAUGCACCGAAACGCAGAUGGCCCAUUUAUCUUACCGGUAGUUGACAAAUACAAGGAUAUGGGUACGAUUAUUCUUGGGAAAGUUGAAAGCGGGGGCUGCAGCAAAGGGCAGUCACUUCUUUUGAUGCCGAAUCGGACACAAGUGAUCGUCGAUCAAUUAUGGUCGGAUGAUUACGAGGUUACCCGAGUAUCAGUCGGCGAAAACGUCAAAAUCAAGCUUAAAGGAAUUGAAGAAGAUGAUGUCUCCCCUGGUUUCGUUCUUUGUGAUGCCAAUUCGCCUUGCACCACAGGUCGGAUCUUUGAUGCUCAGAUCGUGAUAUUGGAGCACAAAAGUAUCAUCUGUGCCGGAUAUUCUGCAGUUUGCCACAUUCACUCAGUCGCAGAGGAAGUGACUGUAAAGGCCCUGAUUUGCACCAUAGACAAGAAGACAGGAGAGAAAUCUACGAUACGUCCGCGUUUUGUUAAGCAAGACCAAAUUGUUAUAAUGCGUCUUGAAGCUGCUGGCGUCAUUUGUUUGGAAAAGUUCAGUUCUUUCCCGCAACUUGGGCGUUUUGCACUGAGAGACGAAGGUGAGUUUAUAUUUCCGAAUGAUCAUCGUUGA